ACUUGCUAAGCACACGGAUAAAUAUGAACCUUGGAGAAUUUACACUGCUCUAAUGUAAACAGAUAGUCAAGGGUCCCUUUAUCAGCACUGGCUCAGGACAGUUGUGGGGGGUCUGAAGUGGCUCAUUUUUGUAUUUUGUUUUUUUUGGGGGGGUGCAAAGGCGGGAGUCUAUGCCAUUCCCACUCUGCUGACAGUCGGACGUGUUACCUCAGGAACAUGGUGUAGGUAAGGCUGAAGGCAAAACGUGCUGAAAUUCAAAUCCAAGGGACACUAGACUGAAGACCAUGGUCUCUAAGCUGAGUCAUCUUCAGGUGGAGCUGCUGGGAGCACUGCUGGAGUCAGGGCUAACCAAGGAGACCCUGAUCAAAGCACUCGGGGAAGUGGACCCCUAUGCCCUCCAGAGUGAAAGCCAGCGUGCCAUCAGUGCCAUCCAGGCAGAAAAAGGGGAACCCUGUGCUGAAAUUCCCAGUCUGCCCAAUGGGAUGGAGGAACCCAGGAUGUCCGAGGAGGAAACCUCGGAUGAUGGGGAGGAAUUCACCCCUCCAAUAAUGAAGGAGCUGGAAAACCUGAGUCCCGAGGAGGCUGCUCACCAGAAGGCUGUGGUGGAGAGACUAUUACAAGAGGAUCCCUGGAGAGUAGCAAAGAUGGUGAAAUCCUACCUCCAGCAGCACAACAUUCCUCAAAGGGAGGUGGUAGACACUACAGGUUUAAAUCAGUCUCACCUCUCACAGCACCUCAACAAAGGCACACCCAUGAAAACCCAGAAGAGAGCUGCCCUCUACACCUGGUAUGUCCGCAAGCAGCGAGAGGUGGCCCAGCAGUUCACACAUGCUGGUCAGGGACUCGUGGCAGAGGAGCCCAUGGGAGACGACCUGCCCACCAAGAAAGGGAGAAGAAACCGCUUUAAGUGGGGUCCUGCCUCACAACAGAUCCUAUUCCAAGCUUACGACAGACAGAAGAACCCGAGCAAGGAGGAGAGAGAGGCAUUGGUGGAGGAGUGCAACAGGGCAGAGUGCAUUCAGCGUGGCGUCUCCCCAUCACAGGCCCAAGGUCUGGGCUCAAACCUGGUCACCGAGGUGAGAGUUUAUAACUGGUUUGCCAACCGUAGGAAGGAGGAGGCCUUUCGGCACAAGCUAGCCAUGGAUACCUACAGUGGGCCGCAGCCCAGCUCUGCUCCCCCACUGACCUCUCACAACUCUUCCUCCCAUCAGCCAACGCCUGCUAUCUCACCAAGCAAAGUCCAUGAUCAGCCUCAACUGUGGGAACAAAGUCUCUCCUUUUCUGACAUAGGAAUGAGGUACAAUCAGCAGCCAGACAAUGAGGCCGAGUCUUCCAGCAGCAAUCAUCAUGGGAACAGCUCCAUGGUGACCACCCAAACCAUUCUUCAUCAGGUCUCUCCCCCUGGACUGGAGCCAAGCCAGAACCUAUUGAGCACAGACACUAAGCUGAUCUCUGCUCAUGGGGGACCUCUCCCUCCUGUCAGCACCCUGACCGCUUUGCACAGCCUAGAGCAAAAUCCACACACAUUGAGCCAGCAAACCCAGAAUCUAAUCAUGGCUUCACUGCCUGGUGUUAUGGCAAUUGGAGCUGGUGAGACCUCAUCCCUGGCACCAGCAUUCACCAACACAGGGGCCUCCACCCUGGUAAUAGGCCUAGCCUCCACCCAAGCUCAGAGUGUUCCUGUGAUAAACAGCAUGGGAAGCAGCCUUACUACCCUUCAGCCUGUCCAGUUCUCCCAGCAGCUCCACCCAUCUUACCAGCAGCCCAUCAUGCAGCAGGUCCAGAGCCACAUCAAUCAGAGCCCCUUCAUGGCCACCAUGGCCCAGAUACAGAGCCCCCAUGCUCUCUACAGCCACAAGUCUGAAGUGGCCCAAUAUGCACAUACUGGCCUUUUACCCCAGACCAUGGUGAUAACAGAUACAGCAAAUCUCAGUGCCCUGACUAACCUGACAUCAACCAAACAGGUGUUUACAUCUGAAUCAGAGACCCAUACGGAGUCCGGGAUCCACACAUCAGUGUCACAGACACCAACAAUACAUUUACAGAACCAAGACACAACCAUUCAGCACCUUCAGCCAGGCCAUCGCCUCACCCCAAGCCCAGCUGUCUCCUCUAGCAGCCUGGUGCUCUACCACAGCUCUGACUCCACCAACAGCCACAGCCACUUGCUGCCAUCUACUCACAGCGUUAUUGAGACCUUCAUCCCCACACAGAUGGCAUCCUCCACUCAGUAACCAUGGUGACCAGUUCACAGGCGACUGCAAUGACUGAGCCGUCAGGAGCACCUUCAUCUGUGUUUGUGAUUCACUGUCACUGCUGCCUUCCACAGGGAAGAGAGUGCCUGGCCCGGAGGCCUCCAGCCCCUCUCCACUGCCUUGCGUAAAGUCCUCACCCUCAUCCAAACACAAAACGGGAAGAGGUUUUUCUUGAGCACAAAGCUAUGAGCACACAUCCAGAGCGGAUGACAGAGGAGGACAGGGCUGACACCACUAGCUUCCACUGCUAAAGGGAACAAUGGCCAGCACAGAGACCAGAAAUUGAGGAUUUCCACCGGAAUAAGGGUCUGAAUGGUCUAUGACAAAAUUGCAAAGGGAUAGUUGGAAUUCUCAUUCUUCUUAACCUUAGCUGGGCUGCAUAUAUAUAAACCUGCCAAUUCCACAGCAAGUCCUGCAGGAAAAGAGCAGAGCUGAGCAGCUAAUGGCAGGUGAGCACCGCUUAAACACCCACCACUGCUGCAAACAGACUGAUGGAAACUGAAUGAGAGAGAAACUUUUCUUGGGGCAGACAGUACAAGAGCCCGAAUACUGGCCUUACAGCUAAAAAGACACUGAGAAACAGAGCCAGGGAUGACAUGAGAACUAUCCUCUCAUUACAGAACCACUAACUAAAAACUUGCCAUUUCUUUAACUUAAAAGGGACGCUGUCAAUUUAUUUAGGUUCAGAAAUAUGACUUACCCUAAAACAGCCCUGGCCUAGUGGAAGAGGCCUGAGUAUUGUCAAUAGUUCUACUUUGUUUUAAAUUCAGAAAUUAAAGCUGAGGAGAAAGGAAUGUUUAUUUCUCCACAUCAGCAGGCUUGAUUCUUGGUCUCUCACACCCCUCACAGGGUGAUCAGUGGAGCCAGUGUGGUCGGCAUUUGGGAUGGGGAGAGAGAAAGAAGUGGCUCAACAUAAUACAUCUGAAAAUAAUGGUUCAGAAAUAAGGCUCUUUAAGCCCUGUCCCUCAUGUUACACCAUUGCCCCUUCUAACAGGGAUUGUGUGUAUUGAUCUCUCUCACACGCAUCAGAUCUUCCCUGUAAAGAUCUCCAUAUAGGUGGAUUGUUUUAGUAUGAAUAUAGUGUAACCACAUCCUUAAUUCUUAGCUCUUCACUGUGUGCUGAUGCUACAGCCCUCACCUCUGUGAAUAACCCCUCAGAUUUCCAUGGAUCUAUUUGUAAAAGUGAACGCUUUGAGUCCUGAGUCCCUAGUUAUAAAUGCUUCUAGUAAUUCCUCUUCUUCUUUGUACUUUCAUAUCACUGAAGAGCUGCAAACAAACAUAGGAGAAGCCAUAAUAAACUUCUUUCUGGGGUUCUAAUGGAGCUGAAGCUAUCAAUUUACACUGUAGAGGGGACAAAACCCAAUGAGGGAAAAAUAUGAUCAAGCCUCUAAAAGAGUAAGAAA